AUGAACUCUAAUAACUCAACAGCUGAGGAUUUUUCUCUUAUUGGGCAAAACACCGGUUUGGAAAUGCAGUUUUCAGAGGGUAUUGUUAUCUUAGUAAUUGUACUGACAUCCUGUCUCAUUUCACUCACAGUUCUAGGCAACACUUUUGUCAUAUUAGCUUUCAUAGUAGACAAGCGGCUCAGAAAUCAGAGUGACUUUGUGCUUCUUAAUAUGGCCAUUUGUGAUUUUUUAAUAGGCGCAUUCCCAUCCCCCGUGUACGUACCAUAUUUCUUGACUGGGAAGUGGAUGUCUGGUAGAUUUCUAUGCAAACUGUGGAUGACUAUAGAUUAUACCGUUUGCACAGCAUCAUCAUUUAAUAUUGUUCUUAUCAGCUACGAUAGAUAUCUUUCUGUGACUAAAGCUGUUUUGUACCGGUCUCUGCGAAACAAACGUAGCCAUACUGUUGUGAGCAUUGCAUCUGUGUGGAUUUUUUCAUUCCUGCUAUAUGGCCCUGCCAUUCUUUCCUGGAAAAAUGAUGUUAUUGACAGCAAUUCUUCUGUCACCACAUGUGUUCCUGGAUUUUAUGACAUCUGGUAUUUUAAAUUUGGAACAUCAUGUGUAGAGUUUGCUUUUCCCCUGAUUAGCAUUUCAUUCUUUAAUUUGAGCAUUUACUGCAGUAUAAAGAAACGAGGCAGAAAGAAAAGGCAGAAAUCAAUGUUACAGAAUUCCAAAGGAAAGGAAAAUGAUGGAAAUCUACACAUCAUUUCAACAAAUAGUGUUCUGUUUUCUGCACAACUACAUGUAACGGAGAACCUUGGAACAGAGAAAAGACUCACAGUGUCUCUCAGGCAUUGCUUUCCUUAUAGGAAGCCGUCCUCCUUUACCCACAAUGAGGCUACAUUGCAGCACAGAAACAUUUCCCAAGUUAAACUAUCGCGGGAUGAAAAAAUUGCCAGAUCUCUGUCAAUCUUAGUUGGUGCCUUUGUUAUUUGCUGGGCUCCCUACACAUUUCUUUCCAGUAUCCGUGCUGCUUGCAGUGGUUUUGGUGUUAAAUCCUACUGUUCAGAUUUUCACUCCACUGCACAUGCACGAAGACUGAAGAAGGAAGCGGAUCACUUUGUCACAUACACCCCGGAGAAAACUGCACAGAACAGUGUGUAUGCGAUGAAGCGAUACUCUUUUCAGGUGUUUAGGGAUUUCAGCCAAGAUGUAAAAGUAAAGCUGAAAUUGGUGAAACUUCCCUCAGAUAUGCAGAAUUUCUAUUUUUAA